AUGGACUUUAGCAUCAAAAGAAGUUCUCAACUCUUAACUCGUAAAAUCAACUACAUCAAAAUGAAGCAGGUGCCGGAGAUCCUUGGCAAUGCCAAUGGGAAGACUCAGAAUUGUGAAGUGAAUCGGGAGUGUUCUGUCUAUUUGGGCAAAGCACAACUUUCUGCCACCCUACAAGAUGGGGUCAUGCAAAAAUACAAUGGCCAUGAGGGUCUUCCAUUUAUUCCAGCUGACAAGUUGAAAGAUCUCACCUCUCGUGUGUUCAAUGGCGAGUCCGGGGCCCAAGAUGCCAAGCUGCGCUUCGAACCCCAGGAAAUAAAGGGAGUUGGGACACCACCCAACACGACUCCUAUCAAAAAUGGCUCUCCAGAAAUCAAGCUGAAGAUCACCAAAACCUACAUGAAUGGAAAGCCUCUCUUUGAAUCUUCUAUUUGUGGAGACAAUGGUGCUGAUGUGUCUCAGUCCGAGGAAAAUGAACAAAAGCCAGCACACAAGGAGAGGAGAAGCAGAAAAAGAAGCAUAAAAUAUGACUCCUUACUUGAGCAGGGUCUGGUUGAAGCAGCCUUAGUAUCAAAGACUUCAAGCCCCACUGAAAAGAAGGUUCCUGCUAAGAGAGAUCCAACUCAAAGCACAGUCAAAGAAGACAAAGUCCAUCUGUUGAAGUAUAACAUAGGAGAUCUCGUGUGGUCAAAAGUGUCUGGUUUUCCAUGGUGGCCCUGUAUGGUUUCUGCUGAUCCUGUUCUCCAUUCCUAUACUAAACUAAAAGGACAGAAAAAGAACUUCCGUCAAUAUCACGUUCAGUUUUUUGGAGAUGCCCCAGAGCGAGCCUGGAUAUUUGAGAAGAGCCUUGUGCCCUUCAAAGAAAAAGACCAAUUUGAACAAUUAUGCCAGGAAAGUGCAAGGCAAGCCCUCACUAAAGCAGAAAAAAUAAAGAUGUUAAAGCCUGUUUCAGGGAAGCUGCGGCCGCAGUGGGAGAUGGGUGUUAAACAAGCAAGUGAAGCAGUGAGCAUGACAGUGGAAGAACGGAAGGCCAAGUACACCUUCAUCUAUGUUAGGGACAGACCUCGCCUCAACCCUCGGGUGGCCAAGGAGGUUGGCAUUGCUGUGGAACCACUGGAGGAGAUGGAUGAGGCAUCGUUCUCCAACGAGGAAAGCGCUCGAGAGCUGAAGUCAAUGAAGGAGUCUGGCAUUCCUACCAAGAGGAGGAGAAGGACAUCAAAAUUGUCUGCUACUGAUGAUACACGAGAGAGCAGUCAGUUGGGGACUAAGAAUGCUACUCCUCAAAAGUCAUCUGAACAGGCAGAAUCCAAAAGAGGGAUAGGCUCCCCUCUCAGUAGAAAGAAAACUGCAGCGUCUACUCCACGAAGCAGAAAGGGCGACACAGUAUCUCAGUUCUUGGUCUUUUGUCAGAAGCACAGAGAUGAGGUGGUUGCUGAACAUCCAGAUGCUUCAAGUGAGGAGAUUGAAGAAUUGCUGGAAUCACAGUGGAACAUGCUUAGUGAAAAACAGAAAGCUCGCUAUAACACAAAGUUUGCCAUAGUGACCUCUCCCAAAUCUGAAGAAGACUCUGGUUCAUCAUUGAAGAAUAUUGGAGAGGCCAAACGUAAAGUGUUUCAAGACUCACCUAAAAGGAGAUCAAGAUCCAGAAGUAACUUACAUGGAAAUAAAAGAAACCAAAAAAAGAGGACAAAGGAACCUACAGAAGAUUUUGAAGUUCAGGAA